AUCGUCAAAAUGCCAUCCUGCUUUGCAAUCAACUGUGGUAUGCGCCAAGACAAUCUGCCACAGGGGGUAUCAUUUCAUCGGUUUCCACGUGACAUCAACCUGUGUAGACAGUGGGUAAUUAACUGUGGUAGAGAUAUCGGUAGCGUACCAGAGUUUGUUAAGGAAGUGUUGAGUAGUGCAAAGCCACGACAUUUCCUCUGCUCCAAACAUUUCGAGGAGAGCCAGUUUCACCUGGACUACCAACAUCAGCUACUUCCUGAUGAGAUGAAGCCCAAGCGUCUAAUUAGGAAAUUAAUAAAAGGGGCAGUACCAUCAAUUUUUGCUCUUUCGACCAGCAAGACACAGACAUCUUCAGUGCAUCGGUUGCAGCAGAAACAGCAGCAGCAGCAGACGCAUGCCUGUGGAUCUCAUCAGGGAGUCUGUAGUCCAAUACCCAGCACCAUUUCUGGCACACAGAGAACAGAACAAUUGUUGACAGAGAUACAGACUCCAAUAAUGGCUGGCAGUGAAAGUGGAACCACCAGUCCCAGGAUGAUUAGGCCAGAGGAGGGGUCUACCCCACUGAAUCAACACAAGCUAAGGAGAUCUAGCAGGGUGAGCAGGCAGACAUCAUCCUGCCCUGUAGUAACACAAGAAGGCUCCACCAAGAGAAAGAAGCAAAAUCGGCAGUCAACAGACAAGCAGCAAGACAUAUCUGAAGUACAUGUGGACCCAAGCGGUUUCAAAACAGCUACCACGAAUGAAGUUUCUAUACAAGAGGAAUCUGUGAAUGAAAGUGUCAUUUUAAUCAGCGAUUGUGAUGAUGAUGUCUGCUAUGAAGCUGAUGAUGUAAAUACAACACUUGAACCUUCUGUUUUGGUCAUUGACCCUGUAGAUGGUGAAAGCAGCAGAAAGGAAUCUAGUGAAGAAAUUAUAGAUGAAGAAUGUGGCCUCGCAAUUACUUUUAGCAAAAAAGGGAAUGUGAUGCCUCAUGCCAGAUAUGACUGCCCAGAGAACCCUUUUGUGAAGACUGAAUAUGACACUAGUGCACCUUUAGAAAAAAACUCAAGCUAUUGUGAUCAGUGCUUCUGUUACAUAUGUGACAAACAAGCCAACAAGUGUGAAUUCUGGACGGUUGUUUCUCUGUGUCAUUGUAAUGCACAUAAUAAAAGCAAGUACUGGAAGGCUCAACGGGAUACUGCUUUAGCUGGUGUUCUCACUAUAUUCAACUUUGAUCUCACAGAGAUUGAUACUGACCUUCGACGUGGUGGUGCUCUUUUACUGAAAUUCAUUCAAGAUCUUUCAGUGGAAUACAGCCAGUUCUUGAAGGGUGUAAUAGUAAAUUAUGAUGAUCUUUGCCCCUGCUUCUGUGUAUGCCACACGAAUUUCAGGAAAGGACAGUUCUGCAAUCGCUGCAGGCAUCAACAUGUUAACAUCGUAGUUUUCAGGUAUGCUCAUGUCUUUAACCUGGUGACUCAAUUCUUGAACCAGGCUGAGGAAGAAAAUCCCAAAACAGCAAGCAUUAUGCUUUUGGGAGCAGCCAAAGAAGUCCUCCUACACAAAGAACCUACAUACAGCUUUGUCAGCGAACAAAACAAGUCUGAAUCAUUGAAGUUUCUCAUUCAGCUUUUAAUGCAAAGGAUUACAGAAUCCCUCCAGAAGAAGUUGGUUCUCUGUGACUUUCCUGAGUACUUGUUUAAGAAGAUCAUUUUAUUCUUUCAGUCACUCCCUCUUCCACCAUUCUGUUUCCAGUUCAGUAACUGCCUUAAUGUUCUUCCUUGGAAUGACCUCCUGUUGACCUCUGUCUUGAAAGGCCAGAACAUUACAGGAGAGCAGAAGAACAAAGGGAAGAAGAAACUGCUUUGGGAAUCUAUUACUGUUGUAGAAGCUCGAGUCGAAAGGAUGGAGGCAAGGAAUGAAUACAGAGAACUUGUUCGCUACUUAAAAGUAGUAAAAGCAACGGACACGCUUAAAUUAAGAAAUUUUAGAGACAGAAUUCCUUUCUACUUGUGUGCACUCGGUGACUUGAGGGGCGGAACAGAGGCUAUGACUGCAUUUAAUAACAUUGCUUGCUGUACUGCCUGCCGCUUGACAGCUGAAGAAUUUUGUGACUUUUUAAAGAUGGCAAGAACUGGAGCCAGCUUUACUAAAACUGGAGAAUGGACUGUAGUUGGUGAUGCUGAGCAGCUGAAGAAGUCUGUGCUACUAAAAUGUGCUGUCAGAAUUCUCAAUUGUAAUAAAAUAUGUUACAAGUCGUCAAGUUGCUGGGCAUGUUUAAUCCUGUCUGUAUGCAGUAUGUCGGUUCUAGGAGCGGAAGGGCAGUUAGUCAGCAAAAUGCUCCAAGAACCUCCUGCCGAAUUCCAGGACAGUGUAAUGGCUUCCACUGUCUUAAUCCUGAAUGAUUUGAAAACGAAGGCAAAUGUGUGUUUUCCUCAACCCUUUACUUCUAAGCUAUAUAAUGAGGCCGAGCUGAUUCUGGCGACGCAAGCUGUGGUUGCUAUGCUGUUGCAAGACAUCCAGCAUUUGACAUCUAUUCUUCCAGUUUUACUUGCAUAUGGGAGAAAUAUGUGGGCUCUGAAAAUCUUGGUGAAUGGAAUCACCUGGAAGAGAGAUGUUCUCUGUCACUUUUCAUCACUGGUGAAGCGUGAUCUUUUAGAACAAGAAAAUAAGAAGUUUGAAUUGUUGCUCACUGUGGAUUCCAACCAAAUUUGCGACCUGAUUCUUGUUUUCCUAUCUCAUUGUAAUUCUACUGUGCAUUCUGUUGGUAUGGUGUUCCUUAAUGUGAUUGUGAAAAACUGGAAAAGUUUUUCUGAGUCAUAUUCAUGGAGCAAGUCACUCGGCAUGUUACUUCAUCGAGAAGUUUUUACAGCUGUGCCUAAUAUAGCCACACCUCAGUUUAUCGAACUAAAAAAACAGAUCCAAGAAACUUUGGCAGAGUAUAUACCAUCUACUGCAUAGAACUGAAUUUGUUUAUCAAAUUAAAGCAAACCAUGACGAGAAUAAACAGCUGCAUCCAGUGAAUUUAACUAUCAAAAUGCUGACCCAGUUGCAUAAAAUGGUUUACAGCUGUGAAUUCACCAGUGAACUUGUAUUUAAAGUAAUUUUUUUGCAUCAGGAAUACUGAAAAUUAGUGAUACAGCAGCUCUGCAAGCUUCCUGAUAUUCAACAUUUUCAUCAAAAGUUUAAUUUGCAUGGGUCUCUGUUUCUUCCUGUUUCAUCGCACAGUAACUGAAUGACAACCAUGCGUGCAGAGCAAAACUUGCUGCUGAAUUUUAAAUAGGACUGAACCAUGUUAAUACAGUGAUAGAAAUGUAAAUACAUAAUUUAAAUGUAAUUAUAGCAUCAUAUCAUUAGUACAUAAUCUGCAGGAGAAAACUCAAAAUAAAAGUACAAGCUAAAACUCUGGGA